UCGAUCAGUACCGAUCUCUAUUAAAACUCCCAUUUGCUCACGAGACAAUAGACACUCGCAGAGGGGCACUGCCACUUCACCUCAGCUCCUUCUUCCUCCAAUGGCGAUCUCUCUAUAACAAAACAAUCAAUUAUUUCAUAAUUCGACUCAUGUUUUCGUUCCGGUAAAUCGAUUAGUCUGUGGAUCCGUUCGUCGUCGCUUUAUCGCAUGCGUUUGCGGUUGAAGAUGAAGUUCCUAUUGGAAUUGGUGACGUGCUGCGGUGCAUCGACAUUCCGGCAGCAGGCGCCGGCGGAGGAGACGCGAUCUCUGGUUCCGCCGCCGGAAAGGAGGAGGAAGAAAGGGAGAGUGGUGGUGACGAGGCGCGGUCGUCCGGUGGCGGAAUGGAGGCCAUCGCUCUCCUCCAUAUCCGAAGAUACUGCGCCGCUGCCGGAGAAGAGCGAUGGCGUCGCCGCCGUAACGAACCGGAAGAUCAGGAAGGUCGCCUCCGCGACAACCUCGCCGAAACCACCGCAAUAUCGCGAUGAAAACGGGCGAUCUGCAGGCUAUUCUUCUUCAAUGGUGCCAACGUUGUCUCCAACACCCUUCUUGUUUUGACUCUUUCCCCUUGGAGUUAUAACAUAUAUAUAUGUAUUUGGUGUUUUCUUGUCCGUUGGCAACCAUAACGAACGAACAAGAAAAAUUAUGUAUAUCUAUAUAAAUUGUACACAUCAUAUCCCCAUCUGGUAUAAUAUAAUGAAUCGAUUCUACAAUUUCUUGGUGUU